AUGGUUUCUUCUGUCCCCGCCCCCGACAGAGGGGGAGGCACUGCCGGGGGCGGGGGCAGGAAGGACAAGGCGCACGGCAUACCCCGGUCGUCCUUUAUGCAGGUCCCUCUGUCGAUGCAGAGCGAGCAGCUGUCGAGGGGGAGGAAGGUCUUCGAGGAGCUGUCGUCCUAUGCAAAGGACAAGUUUCAGAUCGAGGACAUGACCGCGCGCGGGCUGCUUCGCGCCGGUCAGUUGGGUGCUGCUGCGGAGAACGAGUUUUACCAGCCGCUGGAGCAAGCUAUGGCCAGGCAUGCGGAGCUGGUGAUGAGGGCAAAGGUCGGCGUGCAGAGGUCGGCCCAGCUCGUGCAGGAGACAGAGACCAGGCUAGCGAAGGCGAAGCGGCAGGUGACGAGGGCGCUAGGAGACGAGAAGGGCCAGCGUGACUCUUUGACGAAAGGAAUCAAUGACGGGCGGAGCAGCCAGAAGGAUAUCGACUGGCUCAUGGGAAAGGCGUCAUCGGGCAUGCAGAGUCCGUACGCCACGCGGAAGCGCUGGUGGCAGGAGAACGGCACAUUCUCCUUCAGGCGAUACAAGCCCGCGACGACGCCGUCACGAGCGCGGCCAGGAGCUUCGAGAUGGCCGAGAGAGAGCGGUCCGCUACCAUCGCCAGGGCUAUGA